GAGUCAUAAGCAGCAGUGGAUUUAGAUUAGCAUCCAACAACGAAAGAAAGAAAAGUAAAGUUGAAAAAGCCAGCGAAUUCAACGACACUGUCGGUGUUCCAUUCUUCCAAUAAUGGCUGUUUCCAUCCAAUACGAUGCUCUCUCUUCUCUCUGCAGAGUCUCUUCUUCAACCUUCCGCUCUCUCCCACGCGCCACCGCUUCCUUCCGCCUCAGAGCCUUCUCCACCACCGUCAACGAUAAGCCCUCCAUUUGCACCGCCGAUGAGCUCCACUAUGUCUCCCACUCCAGUUCCGAUUGGAGACUCGCUCUCUGGCGCUACCACCCCAAUCCUCAGGCCCCUCCCAGGAAUCACCCUCUGCUGCUCUUAUCAGGAGUGGGGACCAAUGCAGUUGGAUAUGACCUUUCCCCUGAGUCAUCAUUUGCUCGAUACAUGUCUGGUCGGGGAUUCGAAACUUGGAUUCUAGAAGUACGAGGGGCUGGGUUGAGUCUUCAGAGUUCAAAUUCCAAAGAUAUUGAACAGUCGGCACAAGCAAUUUCUCAGAAGAUGGAGGCUGCUGCUUCAGAAAGUGCAACCAAUGGAGCUGUGCCUUCAAAAAAUGAAUUGAGUGGUAUUUCUUCUACAGCAUCUGAACUUGACAUUUCUGUCUCAAAAGGAAUAGAAACUGAGAAUGUGGCUGUCACCGGAGAACUAACUAGGUUAGCUACUGUUUGGGAUGAAUCGAAGUUGGUGGCAAGGUUGUCUGAGACUUUUCUACGUUUGUCAGAAAGAGUCUCUGGGUUUCUCAGUGAAAGUCAAUCAAAGGUCAUGUUUACCAAACUACUUGAUCAGAUUUCAAAACUUUUGGUGGAUUCUCCAUUAUACGAACAAUUCAAUGAGAUAAGGGGAAAGAUUACAACUUUGUUGGAAACAAGACAAAACUCUGGUAUUACUAGUCAAAUAACUGACCUAAGUGAAAAGCUAGUAGAUAUUAUUGAGGAAGGUCAGCGAUCUGUUUCUCCUCCAUUAUUUGAUCUACAAGCUCGCUUUACUUCUACCAUAGAAGAUUUUCAGAAGCAACUUGACUUGAUGGUGAAGUACGAUUGGGACUUUGAUCAUUACUUGGAAGAAGAUGUUCCUGCUGCGAUAGAAUACAUAAUGAAAGAAAGCAAGCCGAAAGAUGGAAAGUUACUUGCAAUUGGACACUCCAUGGGUGGUAUAUUGCUUUAUUCAAUGCUAUCACGUUUUGGUUUUGAAGGUAAGGAAUCCAGACUGGCUGCUGUAGUUACACUAGCAUCAUCUCUGGACUACACAUCAUCCAAAUCAUCUCUUAAAUUACUCACACCGCUUGCAGAUCCUGCACAGGCUCUGAAUGUCCCUGUUGUUCCUUUAGGGGCAAUUUUAGCAGCAGCUUAUCCUCUUUCAUCUCGUCCACCAUAUGCAUUAUCAUGGUUAAAUACUUUGAUUUCAGCUGAGGGCAUGAUGGAACCUCAUUUAUUGAAAAGGCUGGUCUUUAACAACUUUUGUACCAUACCUGCAAAACUACUCAUACAGCUCACAACAGCAUUUCGAGAGCGUGGUUUAUGUAACAGGGAUGGGACCUUUUUUUACAAGGACCAUCUACACAAAGGCAAUGUCCCUAUCUUAGCUAUAGCUGGAGACCAGGAUCUGAUUUGCCCACCUGAAGCCGUGGAAGACACCAUUAAAUUGAUUCCUGAGCAUCUGGUUACGUACAAAGUUUUUGGGGAACCCGAAGGCCCACAUUAUGCUCAUUAUGAUUUGGUUGGAGGAAGACUGGCAGUGGAGCAGGUGUAUCCCUGUAUAAUUGAGUUUCUUAAUUGUCACGAUAAAUGAUAUACGCGCCAUCAAUUUUCAUCAAAUCCAUUCUUUUGGUCAUGCUUGAUAACUACAUUAAUCCCAACAGAAAAUUUGAAAGAAUUGAUCAGAGCUUUUAUGUAUUGGAGUAUGACGUUUUCACACUGUUUCCUACCCAUAGCAGUGAAUUAAAAGGUAGGAUUCUGAAUUACGGCAAAGGAGUAAAGGAUAGUGAUAGGAAUUACAGUUUGGGAGCUUGUAAGAAUAAUUAUUUUCAGCAUUGCUGCUGAACUGCUGUAAGAUUUAUGUACAGAAUUUCAUACAUAGUACUCGUACUUUGAUCAUAACCUGUCUAAGAUUCUAGAUUGUGUGUUGAGCAACUUGUGCUUGUUAAGACUCCUCUGGGGCGUACCUGUACAUGGAUGCUCUUUGUAUAGUUGAGUCUCUUGCUUCCAGUCUAGAUGACCUUCCCUUUUUACUUGAUGGUUGUAUUUGUACACUUACAAAAGCUAGGCGGCAUGGCUACUGCUCUUGUUUUAGGGAAAGGUAAAGAAUAGUUUAUGUUUCCUUUGUUUGUCAGGUGUGGAGUGGCAUGGGGUUUCUUUGAUCCCUCCAAUGUGUUUGGAUACCAGUUGUGUAACGUGAAAGUUAUCUUAAUGCAUAAGAAGGGUACCGUUCACUUUUUGUUUUGAA